UGGUGGUGGUAGUGGUGGAGUUGGUAGUGGUGGUAGUGGUGGUACUGGUGGUAGCGGUAGUGGUGGUGGCGGGGGUAGUGUUAGCAGUAGCUCCGGUGUUAGCGGUAGUAGUAGCGGUAGAUCCGGUGUUAGCGGUAGCGGUAGCUCCGGUGUUAGCGGUAGCGGUAGAUCCGGUGUUAGCGGUAGCUCCGGUGUUAGCAGUAGCAGUAGCUCCGGUGUUGGCGGUAGCGGUAGAUCCGGCUUUGCCACCACCACGUUGAGGCAGCGAAAGAGGCUUAGCGGCAACGGCCAUGAGGAGGAGGAGGAGCAGGAGGAGGAUGAGGAGGAGCAUGAGCAUGAGGAUGAGGAGGAUGAGGAGGAGCAGGAGGAGGAGGCGGUGGCGGUGGGCCUCACUUCCUGCCCGGCGGGCGGAGACCCGGCCGAGAUCCUGGGCCUGACAGUGCUGGUCAGGAGAUUCUCGGAGCGACUCACGACCCUCAGGGGGGACUUUGACCACAGCCAAGAUGGAGGCUGCGCGGACCUAGUGGUGGGCCGGUUGAUGGAUCAUCUGGCAGCAGUCCUGCAGGAUCGACAGCUGCUGCUGGAGCGAUGUCCUCACCUAAACUCACCAGAAGCACUCACAGCCACGGAAAACCUCGUUUCACUGGUGAUGGGCUUUGCCUCUACCCAGCACCAGCAGGAACAGGAGGUGGAUUUGACAUCCGUGGUGUCUGCCAUAGACAACUUAGCAGAUGCAGUCACUAACAGCGUCUCUGACUUUCUGAUGGGCGAUGACGACAGCUCCUUGCAUCCAAUCGGCAUCCAGGAUAGGGAUGGAGAUGAUGGUGAUGAUGGUGAUGAUGGUGAUGAUGGUGUGGAUGGUGAUGCUGAAACUGAUAAGGAUAGCUUGCAGAAUGCAGCGCUGCUGUCCCCCGAGUCUGUGGACCUGCGCGCCACGAGCCUUGAGGGCGGAGUGGAGGCGGCGUUGGGCUACGCCAAGUCGCUCGCUCGCUACGGCAAAGUCGUGGCCGCCUACCUGGAGCGCAGGGGCGGACUGGACGCUGAAUACGGCAAGGGGCUGCAGAAGUUGUCACAGACGUUUCGCGCAGCCCUCAUGCAGGAAUCGCACAUGCCUCUCCAGUCCGUCUACAUCCUGCACACGGAGCAGGAGCUGGAGCUCUCGCAGAGUCUCAGCGCGGCCAACGCCUGCCUCUACACCUCCUCAUUCACACAGGUUCGUCUGGAACACGACAGGAGGCGGAAGGAGGUCAGGGACCUGUGGAGCCGCGCGCAACGCAAGCUGGCUGAUGCGAAGAUAGCUGUGAAGAAGUCGCAGCAGGUGUUGACCUGGAGGCAGGAGGAUCUGGUGAAGGCACGGGCAUCGACAUCAUCAACAUCAUCAACAUCAUCAUCAGCUACAUCAUCAACAUCAUCAUCAGCUACAUCGUCGUCGUCGUUGACAUCCAGCAGCGGCAUCAGCAGCAAAGUGAUGGAAAAGCGGAGAAAGGCUGAGGAGGAAGCGUCACAUAAAGUGGAGGAGGCUGAGGCCGCUUUCCGCCUUUGUCUCUCCGAGUGCGGGCAGCGUCGCUCCGAGCUGAACGAGCUGCGAGUGGAGGCAGUGAGCACCGUGCGGUCCCUUGUGACCCGCUGGGACCUCGCCCUGCAGGAGGUGACUGUGCGCCACCAGCAGCAUCUGCUGUCCCAGUGGUGUGCUGCGGCUUCGAGCUGCGCCACACUGGGCGACAGCGCCCGUCUGCACGAGGCGGCUCGGCCCUACGCCAUCUUCCUGCACUCGCUGCAGGGCCCCGUGCGGGUCGACAGGCUGCCCCUGGGGGGCCCCCCCCUUGGGGGGAGCCAGAACCGGUUCACCGGAGCUCCUGAAUAG